AUGGAGAAAACGACACCGUCGCAUCCAACCCUUCUCUUCCUCACCGUCCUCCUCCUGACAACCGCGCAGCCAUCACAGUCGUUCGCCUACUCGCAGUACCGAACCCUCUUAUCCCUCUCCCACUCGCUCAUGACGCGAGUGGCCAACCUCCGCGAGGCACGUGGCGACGUUUCGGGGGCUGACCGGGCCAGGCUCGUCGCGGCAAAGCUGGAAGGGGGGCGACUGGGCGAGUGGGGGUUCAUGUGGUCGGCGGCCUGGGACUACAUGAAGAACUACGCAUGGAGGGAGUUGCCCUAUUCGGAGGUAUACGGCGCCGUUUCGGACGCGAACGAAUUGCUCAGGUGGCUGGGUGAGUUGGGUCGAAAGGAAUCGGACUCGGAGAGAGCCGCUUGGGUGGGACAGAAUUACCAAAGUGUCCUCAGAGUCUCAAAUUCGCUGCUCCGUAGGCUCCUGACGGUGUUCUAUCACUCGGGAACGCUGAGAGAAUUGGUCAAGGCAGUGCAAAGCGAGGUGAAGGAGGGGGAUCUGUUGAAGGAUUUUCUUGAAUUGGGCACCAAUGAUUUCAAAGGUUUGAUCCAAAUUCUCAAGGAUUUGGGAUUACAAUACGGUCCCUCUACUCUGCACCAAGAUUUAUGA